GUUGCGCCGCUGGCUCCGCCAAAACCGUCAUCGGUAGCCAUGGCAGCGGAUGGCAACGGUGAAAACCAGGAGUCGGGCAUGAAACGGGUGCAGACCAUGCCAGACAUCCAGAAAAGCACACUGUCCACUUCAGUUCCGGACAGAAGUGCUUCGAGCUUCCCCUCGGAAUCCCUACGAGGCUGCCCCGAACGGAUAGGAAGUUCAAACGGAACUUCCGUCAGCUCAGCGAGCCUGUCGGCGAAGUUUCACCGCAAAGCGCUGCCGCCGCACCAGGCCAUGCUGUUGCUGAAGGCGGGCAAUGAACGCUUCAUCCGUGGGCGACCUAUGGCUGCGUCGAUGAACCACCAGGCCCGACAUCAGCUAGAGAUGUUUCAAGCUCCACACACUGCGGUGGUGGGAUGUGCUGACUGCCCUGUCCCAUUGGAAACCAUUUUCGACGCCAUGCCUGGUGACAUCUUUGCGCUACGAAAUGCUGGCAACACCUGUACACACGCAGAGGGAAGCAUGAUGGGCAGCGUGGAGUUUUGCUGUUCCACCUUGGGCUCUCGCCUCAUUGUGGUACUGGGCCAUACAGAGUGCAGAGCCAUUGUGGGUGCAGCCAGGACCUAUUUGGAUGCCUCCAGUACUCGGCAUACCGAGGGCAUCCUGUUAGAGUUGAUGAAGUCCGUAGAGAAGGCCGACGCCGAGCUCGGCGACGGCUGCGGCUCGCCGUGUUCGUCGUGUUCGCCGUGUUCGCCGUGUUCGCCGUCGCGGCGCGCGAAGCUGGUGCAGGCCGCAGUGAAGGUGAACGUCUAUUGCACCAUCAACUACUUGCUGCAGUCCAGCAGCCCCAUCCAGAGCAAGGUGAAGAAGGGACAGUUGGAGGUGCUGGGGGCCUUGUUCGACAACAAGACCGGUCGCGUGGAGUUCAUGGGAAAAUCUCCGCACGAGGAGAUGAUUCUGUCCAGUUCGCUUCCCUCCUCCAUUGCGCCGCUGCUGCGACAGGCCGGUCCCCGUGACCAGCGUCUCCCAGCUCCACGAAAACCGAGCCCUGCUUGGGCCCUGCAGAAGUUGACGGAGGGCAACGCGCGCUUCGCGCUAGGAACCACCCUGGACUUCCGCAGUGCGAAACCCGAGGCGACCUACGCAGCCGUGGUGAGUUGCUCCGAUUGCCCGGUGUCUGCCGAAGCCAUCUUCGACGCCAUGCCGGGGUCCUUGUUUGUGCUUCCCAAUGCUGGCAACACCUACUCUCAGGCCGAAAGCAGUCUCCUUGGGAGUUUGGAGUUUUGCACCUCAAAGCUCAAUGUGCCCUUGAUCUUAAUCCUGGGACACCGAGAGUGUGACGCCAUUUGUAGCUGCACCCGCAUGACCAUGGACCGCGAACGGCAGGAUUCCUUUGGGCAGGAUAUGAUCAUGCAGGACCUCCAAGCCGUGAUUCACCGCGCGAGGGCUGAAAUGGGACCUAGUGCAGACAUCAACACCGUGGCCGACCAUGCGAUCAAGGUGAACAUUUUUCAGACCAUGGAGCAUCUGCUGAGAAACAGCCAACGCCUGCGUGAAUUGGUCCGAAACAGCGAGCUGGAGCUGCAAGGUGGCAUCUUCGACAAGGCCAGCGGCUGCGUGGAGUUCUUGGGCCACGCGCUGAGGCUCGACGAAGUGCUGCGCCUGGACGACGACGGCGCGGCGUCGCAACGCAGCGCGGCGGCGGCGGUGAGCCUCACCUCGGCCGAGGCCGCCCUAAAACUACUCCAAGAGGGCAACAGUCGCUGGAUCAGUGGCACAGCCGUGGCCAGCAGGAUCCCAAAGGCCAUGGCCGGGGCCGAAACGGCGCCCUUCUGCGCGGUCAUCGGCUGCGCGGAUCUUCGGACGCCCGUGGAGCAGAUCUUUGAUUCGAUGCCCGGGGAGAUCUUCGUGCUGCGGAAUGCGGGCAAUACCAUCACACAUGCCAAAGGCGGGAGUCCUGCUACCUUCGAAUUUCGAGCAGCAAUGUGCAUCGAACGGGGAAAACAGAACGGUGGUGCUGAGGAAGUAUCGAACCAUAUAUUGGUGGAGCGUGAGGAGAAACUGAAAGCUAUGGGUGCAAGCUACGGGUUCUAUGAGGUGAAUGCCACGGACAAGAGCUCUGUGCUCUCUGCGUUUAGCAGAGCCGCGAAAGAACUCGGAAAGGUGGAUGUAUUGGUCUACAAUUGCGGUGGUGGUGGAUUUGGCAUUCCAAUUCUGGACAUUGAUCCUGAGACCUUCAAAAGCUCAUUCGAUGCGUCAUGUGUAGGAGCUCUGCUUUGCUCACAAGCAGUGUUGCCAGGGAUGUUGGCAUCGGAAGGUUCCGGCGAUUUUAAAGUGAAAAAGAAAGGAACCUUAAUCUUUUCAUCAGCAACGUCUGCUUUCCGCGGUGGCAAUGGCACCGCCCAAUUUGCCUGUGGAAAACAUGCUCUGCGAGCUUUGUCGCAGUCCAUCGCCAAAGAGUUUGGCAAACAGGGCAUCCAUUCAGUUCAUGUGCGACUUGAUGCUGUCCUUGAUACACCGGGAUCCCAGAAGAAGAUGCCGGAGAUGUACGCCGCACACAAGAUGGGUUGUACUGACGACAUUGCCGAGACAUACUUCGCACUGGCACAGCAGUCACCUUUGGGAUGGUCCAAUGAAAUUGACAUCAGGCCCUUCCAGGAGGGCUGGUCCUGCUAA